CUUUACUUAAAUAAAUUCUGAAGUUUUAAUUUUAAAUACAGUACCUUUUUUACAGUGUCUUCUAUAAAAAAUCGAAGUACGCCAUCAGGCGAUCAGGGCAUCUGUCCCUUUUUGCACGUAUUAGGUUAAUCAUGACUUAAAUUUUUAGGUGUUCUCUUGCAGCAUAUUGGGUUUUCGGAACCAUAUGAUGAUAUGAUGAGACUGGUUGUUUGAGAUUCGAGCACAUAAUACGAUGGGUGCGAAAGAACACCGCUUCUUUUUUCACUCUGAACAUUCUCCCAAACCGGAGAAGACUUUGGAAACCACGGAAUCGCACAUGUCGUUUCUCCACCGUCGUCCAAGUCACACGUUUCUUCUCCAUUUUGAUUUGCGGAAGAAUAGCAGCGAGUUUCCCGACACGACCACAGGAAACCCACGACGGACGAGCGAAGCCACUUUCCCUUACACUUAUCGCAAUACUGCGGACCAGGUGGUCUUGAUCAGUCUGGGCUUGGUUCCGGCGUCCGUUCGGGAUCGCUGCGAGCGGAUUGUGUAUCCGCCCUGCGUUGAAGUGUUCUUUAAUAAGCGGAUGAAAUUGCAGGUUACCCCCGUGGAUCCCAUACCGCACCCGGAAAUCGCAGUUGAAGUACCCGUUUCGGAGUUGCUCGCGGAAAAUCGACUGGCUGUCACAUGGAUGGAUCCAGUAAACACCAGCCCAGAUUUUCCGCUGAAUUCUUCGCCACUUCCGUCUUAUGCCGUAUCCGUUUUCCUUACGAGAAGGAAACGGAUAACAACGAUUGUCGAGGAAAUCAAGUCGGCUGUCAAGUCACUUGACGAGUGUGUAGCUGAAGAGUGUCUGCGGUUCACAUCAGCGGAGGAUGAAGGCGUUUCUGCUGGAGAACGGUGUGUUUCAUUAGCUUGUCCAGUUUUGAAGAAGCGUCCACUUAAUCCAGCUCGAGGCAGAAAUUGUCCUCACGUUGAAUGCUACGAUGUCAGCGCGUAUGUCUCCAUCAAUUUUCCCAGCUCAAAAGCCCGCUGGAAGUGUCCAUAUUGCAGUCGCACAGUACUGCCACAGGAUCUCCGUGUCGACGAAUUUUUCCAAGAGUUGCUGAAAUUUACUGAUAAGGAAAAAAUCGAAUUAUUCCGCGAAGGAUUCGAUCUCGUUAUUCGGGAACCUUUGGACGACUCCAUAGUUAUUGAUCUCGAAGAAGAUGAAUUGGAUCUCGAUACAAACCCAACUGUGAAAACCGCACAAGAUAGGUGUUCACAGCCUGCCGAACUGUCCAUUCAGGAGGACAUACAGGAGUACGUUCUGGAUAGCGAUAGCGACAUAUCCAUACUGGGAAUUAAGGAUGAUCAGUCUUUGGGCGAUGAGGAUGAUGACAACAAUCGUAGCGAUAACGAUGAAAUGGAUGCAGAUGAUGAUUCCGAUCCACAAUCGGCUGGCAGUUCCAGUGGUGGAGCGCCUGUUAGCCGUCAAACUUACCCGGAGCCAGAGGAUGAUGACAGUGUUCCUGUAACAGUGAUCUUUUCUCGGAAGUUUGAGUGAUUCUCGUACAAAAAAAUAAUGCAUUUCCGUAAGGAAUAGUAUACUACAGUAUUUUUGUGUACUAAAGUUGUUGAUGAUUCUCUACGAGUAUAGUUUUGUUGUACACAUUCUGCAGAUCUGCACAUUGUUGUAAAUGCGCUGUAAAAAGUGGUUUUACUUGCAAUUCUUUUCGAUGCUUUUUAAUUUUUACGUAUUGAUGCUUGUCUCAAACACCGAAAUAUACGUAGCAGUCUGUCUGUAAAAAAUAAAUACGUAUUGUAGAUUAUGUGCGAAAUAUUCAGUUGUUCCUUAUUUAGA